UUAUUUUUAUAAUGCAUUGUUACGUAAUUAUAAUAUAUUUUUAUGAAUACAGCACACCAUUGUUUGGAAUAGAAUCAAACAAUUAUGAAACAAAAAUAACAAACAAAAUCGAAGUUUAUUGAUGUAUUUACCUGUCGAAAACACCCAUGGCUACAUAGUUCAACGUGCACAUUUUGUGCACACACAGGCGCCAAUGAACGAAUUCCAUCUAAAACAUGGAUUACGUUUACCCUCAAGCUUCUCUCGCUUCACCUGCUGGGAAUGUUGGGAGUGCUGGGACCAGACAAACUGACGCAUGAUUGCAUAUGGCCGCGCGAGAGGAGGUUAAUUCGCGGAGAAAACAACCUGUGUGACAAUCGUAAACCUGGUGCAUGACGAUGUGAUCGUUGGAUCCGCGAGCGAGGACCGACAAUAAUUCAUCAGAUAUGCGCGCGAGGAAGGACGCGGGGAGAGCGUGUCUGUGAUAGAAACGGCCGAUCAGCUAAGUAGCCACCUCCGAUCGCUCCUCGAUGAUGUAGUUCUGCCGUUAUCCAGGACGACGACGACGGCGCAUAACGGAUACCGUUCUGAGGUUAAAGCCUGACGAAAUAUGGCGCAAAUACAGACGUCGACGGUGGACGGGCUGCCGAAGCACUUCGUCAACGCGAUGCGCACUCUGUUCGACAUAAUGGACGAUCAGAACACCGGCCUCGUCAAGUUCGUCGACAUCGAGGGCCGUUGGCAGGACGACGGCACGCAGGGCCUACCCAAGGGCGUGCUCGACAGCCUGAAGAAGGUCACGCCGCCGAACGGGAUGCUGUCGUUCGAGCGAUUCUGCGCCGGCCUGAAGAUCUGCCUGCUGCAGCAGAUACAGGCGGAGGCCGAGACGAAGAAGCACGACGGCCAGCCCAACAGGCCGCCGUCCGCGCCGAUACUCAUCCCCGACAGUCAGAGCAAGGCGGCCUGGACCUCGCCCAACACCGCCGCCAUAAGGCCGAAUAACGCCAUAUCCCAGCAGCGUACCCUCAGUAUGCCGCAGCUGCUGGCGGCCGCCAAUCGCAAGGACGUGAACGCGCAAUUGGAGCUGAUGGACGGAAGGAACAUCGGCGGCGAGCCGAAGAUCAACAAGAUGUACGGCCCGCCGAAACCGCCGCGGACCGGCGCCGCGCUGGAGGGCAGAACGAUGGGCCACCUGGAGCGUAAUUUUGACAAGUCCGAGAUCAGGACCGCGCUGCAAAAUUGGCAGAUGGGCCUCAUGAUGAGCGACGAGAAGGAGAAGCGUCAGCUGCAGACCGUGAAUUACAGGCCGGACGCCAGGACGCUGUUGAGACCGGCCAGAAUCCUGGGCGACGGUAAAGCGGUCGAUAUACAGAGUAAUCAACUCGGUCAGCUUCAACCCAAGAAACUGUUAAAUCGCCGCAGAGAGCCCAGGCGGCACACGUUGCAGAAUGGUAUUGAUUACAAUAUGAUGAAGAGGAUGAAGCAGAUUGAGCAAGAGAAGGAUGUAUUGCUUCAAGGUCUAGCUGCCAUUGAUAAAGCUAGAGAAUGGUAUUUGAAGCAAAUAUCGGCCACUCAAGAGAAGAUUAAGCACCUUGGACGAAUGGGUUCCCACGUGGAACAAUGGACAGAGGCACAGCAAGAGCGCUUGGAACUGCAACGCGCGCGUGUCCUGGAAGUAAAUCGACAUCUAGCUGCCUUGAUAAGCAGCUGGGAACGCGGAGGACUUCCUUUUCAUAUGAAUCUCGCGUUUCUGAGUGCUCCGACUUCGGCCCAACUUCAGCAAGAUAUGCUAUCAAGGCUUAAACAACAAAAUCACAGAUUAACCGAGGAGGUUAGCAAAAAGAGCCAACGAAUAGUGUUACUUGAACAAGAAAAAGAUAGCCUGGUUAGAGAAUUGUACAAUAGACAAUCUGGUUUGGUUCAAUCCCGAAGGGCAACGAUGAUCCACGAGCAACACGACCAAACAUUUAUGUAAGAAUAUGAACAUUCCAGAAAAGUUUUAAAAAAUGUGCCACAUAAGUGAUAAAAUCUGAAUUAAACUUUAAAUAAAAUACAAAGAAUUCAGAAACUAAUAUGGAAAAAAUGGAAUUAGCCAAUAUUGUACAAAUGUACUAAUAAUGUCGGAUGCGUUUUACAACCGAAAUAGGUAUACUCUACGACAAUAAAUGCACAAAAUCAUGACUAAACACUCCUGUGUUUAUAAUGCCAUGUAGAAUACAUCUUAAAAAUAUGAAAUAUUUGAUAUAUUGAGUUAAAGUAAUUGUCACUGCCUUAUUAAUUUUUGAUAUCUUACAUUAAAGAUGUAAAAUAUUCACUAAUAGGAUACGCACAAUUAGGUAUAAUUUAGAUUUUAGACAUAGUAGUAGAUAAAUAAAAUGCCUUAACAUCUUUGUAAUCUGUUUAAAAAAGAAAGCAA